AUGACAGGCUAUACAAAAAUAGAUUCUAUAUAAAGCAUAAGAUUAGUGCAGGUACUUUUUGAAAUUGGUUUAACAUUUGAAAGGUUCAUUUGGAGUUGUAUUCUUAUGUUAAGAUCUUCAGACCAAAGAAUAUGUGGCAAUGAAAGUAGAGAAGGAGGACAUCAAUUCAAUGAGUUUGGAAAGGGAAAUCUAAAUGUUAGACGAAUUAAAAAAGCUUCCAGGUUAGAAAUUUGCUAAAAUAGGGAUUCCCAAAAUAAUAUGGGCAGGAAAUGAGCAUAAUCAUAAUUGUUUGGUGAUGCAAUUGCUAGGCAGAGAUUUAUCCUACCAUUUAAAGGCUUUAAAAAGGUUUUCAUUGAAAUGCGUUGUCAAUAUAUCACUCCAAAUUAUCUAAAUAAUUGAAGGAGUGCAUAAGAAGUACUUAUAAAUUCAUAUAAUUUGACAGAGGAAUAAUUCAUAGAGACAUGAAACCAGAAAACGUAAUGACUGGAAAAGAUCAAGAAUCAAACUAAAUCUUUUUAGCUGAUUUUGGAAUUGCCAAAUUUUAUAGAGAACCUGAUGGAACACAUGUGUAUAUUAUAUCCCAUAAUAGAAAUAAAUAUCAGACCCUUCAAAGACAAUAAAUCCUUUGUUGGUACAACCAGAUAUGCAAGCAUUGGAGCACACAGAGGAUUUGAAUUGAGUAGGAAAGAUGAUCUUGAAUCAAUCGGAU